AGCAGGCAAUCGGGCGCGGCCAUAUUGGACUGAGUUCUCACUAGCGGUGCAGACGUUCCUUGAAGCUUUUCAGUCAAGCACAGCAAGGCCGAAUAAUAAAACACAAUCCAACAUGACUGAGAGGGAAGAUAACGUCUACAAAGCCAAACUCGCCGAACAGGCUGAGAGAUAUGACGAGAUGGUGGAGGCCAUGAAGGCCGUGGCUGGCAUGGACGUGGAGCUGACGGUAGAGGAGCGUAACCUGCUGUCGGUGGCUUACAAGAACGUGAUAGGGGCGCGUCGGGCGAGCUGGAGGAUCAUAUCCUCCAUUGAGCAGAAGGAGGAGAACAAGGGCGGCGAGGAGAAGCUUGAGAUGAUCCGCAACUACAGAAUUGCUGUUGAGAAUGAGCUGAAGGACAUCUGCUCGGACAUUCUGGGCCUGCUCGACAAACACCUCAUCCCCACAGCCAGCAGCGGCGAGUAA